GCAGAGGAGGAGGGAAAGACCAAUGAAACAAAGUCUGUAUGAAAAUGCCACAAUAAAACCCACUUCUUUGUAUGCAGUUAAAAAAAAACUAAUUUGGGAAAAAAGAAAAGAAAAUUCAGCUUGAGCCAGAAAGUGUAUGGAGGUGCUGAAAGGCACCCUUCCUUCCUGCCCAGCCAUGGUCUCACUUGGAGUAGAAGUCUCCAGAAACAACCAGUCCUCUGUCCUUCUGUUCCAGCCUCCUACAGCUCUGCUCUCUGAGAAGUCAUGCUGACUCAUUGGCUCAAGCUGUGAUGCUCAGCUGUCUGUCCAUCUUGUCUCCUGGAACAGCUCAAUCCAGGGUCUUCCUGAAGUGGUGAUCACUCCAGCUGGCAGGGGUAGAAAAUGGUACCAGUCAGGUCAGAGCUCUGGGAUCCCACAGUCACUGCUGCAGGAUGGAGGAACCUACUCCCGAGCCUGUCUAUGUGGAUGUGGACAAGGGGCUGACCUUGGCUUGCUUCGUUUUCCUCUGCCUCUUCCUCGUAGUCAUGAUCAUCCGCUGUGCCAAAGUCAUCAUGGACCCCUACAGUGCCAUCCCCACGUCCACCUGGGAAGAGCAGCACCUGGAUGACUGAGGCACAGGACAGGUCUCAGUAUCCCCAACAUGCCUUUGUACACUCUGGCCAACGUCCUGCGAGCACUUGGAGACUGGGAGUGGCUAUGACCACCCAAAAAUGGAGAAGGCCCACCUUUGCCUUACUGGCUCUCACAUGACCACCAGAGGGGAAUGCCAGCGUGCAGGAGCCAAGGCAGUCUGGAGGAUCCUGGGGAGAGGAAUGCUGAGCCAUGACUCAGUCGAGUGGAGAUGAUGGUGGGACUCCACUGGGAGACAGCGGGGUGAUAGUCCCCUGCCCAGGCUCCUGGGCACCUUUGAAAACUGAACGAAAACCAGACACUCUGGUCUACAAAUAGUGAUCAGGAGGAGACUGACCUUCAACUACACAGCAUGGAGAGGUUGCUGAGAGCCCAGUACCCUCUACAGACUAACAGUGAGGGGCAGGAAGGAUGAAGACUUAGGGGGCUUCUCCUCCAAAUUCUCACAAGGCACACAGCUACUUUCAAACUUUUAUUUUCAAAAGAAAAAAAAACUCCACAAAAACACAAACUAAGAUACAGAAGGGAUAUAUUUUUCCUGUUAAAAAUGAGAUGUGCAUUUUAGACACUUGGGGAAAAUAUAAAUAAAUAGAAGGGAAGGGAGGCGAAUAGCACUUAAAAAUCCAACCUCCCAAAAGCCAUCAUUUUGAUACAUUUCUUCAAGUCUUUUUUACAGGAUUUUUUUUAGUAAUUCACACCAUGUGCAUGAUGCUGCAUUGAUUUGUAUGAUAGCUUAAAUAUCUCCUGCCUCACAAGAUACCAUGGCUGUUUUUAGUGACUGAGAGUAAACUGGCUAGGCCAUGGCUGAAUAUAGUCUUUUCUUUAAUCUAUCUAACUUUCUACAAUGUACUCACGCAAAUCACAGUAACCUUCAGAAGCUCUGCAUCCCAGGAGCUCCAGGAAAGAUCUGGGUUCUAGUCCUCCUUAGCUAUUCAAAGGCUUAAAAGUCACCUCACCUCUUGGUGCCUCCAUUUCCUCAUUGUAAGAUGGGAAGGAGAAGUGUCUGUCUAUCAGUCUGUCUGUCUGUGAGACUAGGUUGUCUCUUCUGUUGUCUUCCCUUCAUCGUCUUCUCUCACACACUGUCACCUGCAUCUUUGACCUUGCUGCCAGGAUUCUAGGUCAGAGCCCACAACCAUCCCCACCCUACUCCAACUCCUGUUUCCUUAUUAUAUGACCCCUAAAUAAAUUGGCACCUGUGAGCUUCAAUUUUGUCAUCUAUAAAAUGGGGGUGUAACAUCUACCUCACAAGGUUGUCAUGGAGAUAAAAUGGGAGAGCAUGAGCAAA